AUGCCAAUUCACAACAAAGUCUUAAGUAACGACCAUUUCCGUAAACACUGGCAAAUGCGUGUUAGAACCUGGUUCAACCAACCAGCACGUAAGAUCAGAAGAAGAAAUAACAGAAUCGAAAAAGCUGCUAAAGUAUUCCCAAGACCAAUUGCCACCUUAAAACCAGUUGUUCGUGGUUCAACCAUCAGAUACAACAUGAAAGUUAGAGCUGGUCGUGGUUUCACCUUAGAGGAAUUAAAGGCUGCUGGUUUAACUGCUCAAUACGCCAGAACCAUCGGUAUUGCUGUUGAUACUCGUCGUGUAAACAAAACCCAACAAUCUUUAACCUUAAAUACUCAACGUUUAAAGAACUACCAAUCUAAACUCGUUCUUUUCCCACGUAAAGUCAAUGCACCAAAGAAGGGUGAAGCCACCAAGGAAGAAGUUGCUAAAGCUGUCCAAACCCUCAAACCAUUCACUGUUAAAUCCGCCAUCGCCGUUACUUGUGAACAAACCCCACGUAAACCAACUGAAGCUGAAAAGAAAUUCUCUGCCUAUGCCACCCUCAAAGCUGCUGACUCCAAAGCCAAGACUGUUGGUAUCAGAAGAAAGGCUGCUGAAAUCAAAGCUGCCAAAGCUGCUGAAAAAUAA